UGCGCAGUUUUGCUGCAGCCCGGAGUCGAGCACAGCUGCCAACAUCUCUGACGGUAACGUUAAAUACCAAACCGCACAUCGUUUCUACAACAACAACAACAACAACAACAACAAAAGAGUAAUAGGCACAAAAACGCGCCGGUAAGGCUUUUAUUUUGACGUCUCUGUUACUUCCAGCUGGGCUGAUUUAAGAUCCUCGCGCGUGAGUAGUAAUGGCUCGUGGACUGCUAACGUUAGCCGUGUUAGCUCGCUAGCAGGCAACUAGCUAGCGAGCUAACACGAUAAACUCCAUUUUCCCACUGUGGUACUCGCUUUUUAUUCAACGCUACAUAUCUCAGUGCAUCCUCACUGGACUCAGCUCAUUAGCAGCAUAUAUAUAUUUUAAAAACAUAUUUAAAAAUAUAUAUUUUACUUCCUUGCGAAAUCUGCUCGUUAGCCAGCUUCCUUCUUUUUAUCAUAGCAGAAAGAGUGGAAUGUAUAACUGUUGGAUAGCUACUUUAGUUUUUUCCCAUUAACGUUAAUUAUCAAAAACGUUAGCUGGCUUCACUAGCAUUCUCUAGUUAACGUUAGAUAGUUAUUAUUAGAUAAUUUAGUUACUUAGUGGGUUUAUUGUGUCUUACGUAACGUCAGAUUUCAGUUUCAAUUCAGUAGAAAUAUUAUACAUUUAUUCCUGAGCACUUUUAGUUGAUUAUACUUGCAUUCAUUUACUUAAAGAUAGGUUUUAGUUGAUUAUACUUGCAUUCAUUUACUUAAAGAUAGGUUUUAGUUGAUUAUACUUGCAUACUUUUACUUACAGAGAGGUUUUAGCUUAGUUGAUUAUACUUGCGACCAAAAUGAUGAUGAAUAUCAUGUAUUAUGAUCUCAAACGGCUACUGAAUGGACCUUUAGUCAAAUGCAGAAUGUACACUGUACAUGUGUCCAGAUGCAAAUAUCUUGCAUACAUUAUGCUCAUUUAAACCACAAAGUAAGCACCUUCUUCUACAACAGAUGGGUAGAUCAUUACUCAUGUAAUACAACACACACGCUCACACACACACAGGCACAGGGAGGCUCUACUGGUAAAAACACAUGAUUUGACUUUAAGUCUACAUGAUUGUGUCGAUCAUAUUCUGCAUAACUGUGUUACAGCUCAUGUUAAUGUGACUGUUUUUUCACAGGUGAAAUUGAGUUAAGCCAAAGCGUAUCUGUUCCCUCUCUAUUUUGGUUGUGACCAAGUGGGUAUUGUUCUACAAAUGGAUAAUGGAGACUGGGGCCAUAGGAUGAGUUCUCCCGUUACCUUGAACGUGGGAGGCCGCCUGUACACCACCAGUUUAUCCACCCUGCAGCGCUAUCCGGACUCCAUGCUGGGCGCCAUGUUCCGGGGAGAUUUCCCCACAACUCGCGAUUCCCAGGGGAAUUAUUUCAUCGAUCGCGACGGGACGCUUUUCCGGUACAUCUUGAACUUCCUGCGGACGUCCGAGCUCAUCCUCCCCUUGGACUUCACAGAGACAGACCUCCUGAGGAAAGAGGCGGACUUCUACCAGAUCGAACCUCUGAUCCUGUGCCUCAAUGACCCCAAGCCGCUGUACCCUCCCGACAUCUUUGAGCAAGUCGUGGAGCUCUCCAGCACCCGGAAACUGUCGAAAUAUUCAAACCCGGUGGCUGUUAUCAUCACGCAGCUAACCAUAACCACGAAGGUUCACGGUCUGCUGGAAGGUAUUUCCAACAACUUCACCAAGUGGAGCAAACACAUGAUGGACACCAGAGACUGCCAGGUGUCGUUCACCUUCGGACCGUGUGACUAUCACCAAGAGGUGGCCCUAAGGGUUCACCUCAUGGACUACAUCAUGAAACAAGGCUUCACCAUCCGCAACACGCGCGUGCACCACAUGAGCGAGCGAGCGAACGAGAACACGGUGGAGCAUCACUGGACUUUCUGCAGACCGGCUCACAAAGUCGAGGACUGAAUCCCAGCGGAGGCGUUGCUCACAACUGUUUGAUUUGUCUCCAUGUUACACGAGUCACGAUCACAAAAAUAACUCGUUUUGAUAAUGUGUCAAUAAUAAUGUUUUUCUUUCUUGUAUGAUAAAUGUGGCUCAAAGUCCAGACAGAAACCAUAAAAACAAUGAAAAUGUGAAUUCUUGAUUUGUUCACCUGUUGGAGUGCAAGAACACUUUAUCUGUGCUCCCACUACUUAUAUAACAUUUCUAGAGAAAUUAAUUCUUGGGGUUUAUGUCUACAAAACAAAAAACACAAUUCUUAUGAAGCAGAAAGACCCGAUAACAAUGAUUCUAUUACAAUUGUAUUUAUUUAGAAACACUUUUACCCAAACGAUGCUAAAAAUGUGGGUAUGUUGAUUCUUUUUAGGAGUAUUUUCCGAUUUAAUGUGGUUCCAAUACCUGCAUCUGUUUAUUUCAAUGAUAAAGGGAAUGUAAACAGGUAGCCGUGGUGUAAGACUCUUUGCCUACACACAGUAGCAGAUCGAAGUCUUAAUUUGCAUUAAUGUGCGAUUAGAUCUCAAUUUGAGGGGGAAAGAGAACAAUUUGCUGUCUUGGUCGUGUUUUGGACGACAGACACUGAACAGAGAACUUAUUUGGAUUGUCUAGUCGUGAAGGGUUUUCAAUAAUAAUAAUAAUAAUAAUGUAUGAUUAUCUUUUGCCCAAUUUCCAGUAGAUCUUAAAUUUAGUCUCUUAGCUCUCUUCUCUCCUUGUACGCUACUAUUCCUGAAGACCCUCGUCGUCGUCGCAUGUGUCUUGUGUAUAUAUAUAUUUGUGCGCUCUGCAGUAUUGCAUCAUACUGUUACCAUUUAGAGCUCAUCGCAACAGUAAUGUUUGAUCAUUCCAGUCAAAAUAAACCCAUUUGUGCAUUCGUCAGUCAUUAGUUUUGUUUUAUGGUUGAACUUGGACUUCUUAUGAAGUAGCCUGUGUGAGAAGUUAUCAGCCAUUUUGAUCAGCAUUCGAGCAAUGUGGCAUUAAUUUAAAAAAUGUUUUUACAAAAUGUUCCUGCCAAGUUACAUUCAUAAUUGUGAUACAAGUGGAGAGCUGUAGGCCAGUUGGCCCUCAUGUUCACUAUUUUUCUGCUGUAAAGCACAGAUAAAGAUGGCAGCUAAUGUCCUCACUAACACUUUCCUGUUAGAAAAGUUAAUUUCUAAACUGAAUGCUAGGAACGCAUUUCUUUAGUAAUUGCAUUUCUAUCCAGUGACCUGUUUCGUAGAUUAUUUAUUGAAUCCCUUUAGGAAACAUGAACUUUACUUAAAAUAAUCUGCUAUAUUUAUUUGUGUUUAAGAUACUACACAUUGUGAAGUCCAAUGUCCAAUUUUAUUAUUUUUUAAAUAAGAAAAAAUUACAAAAGAUCUCAUCUUCCAUAUAAAUGCCAAGGUAAUGUUAUGUUAAUAAGUACUAGACCAAGUCAGAAACGGGUGAACAAAAAACAGAAAUUAGGUGUAAAUUUCAGCAAAUUCAAUACAUAGAUUUAAACUCGCAUCCAUACUCAGUGAUAGGCUGAACAUCA